AUGCCGCGGAAAAGAAGUGCCUCACUGCCUCUGUUGGGCAUGGGAGCUGCGAAGAGCAGGCCGGUGCGCGAGGCACCUGUGCGCUACGUCGCAAGGCAGCUUCCUCAUGUGGACAAGACUCCGGUGGAGCAGCAGUUCAAGAAGCCGGAGUUCACCGCCCAGGGCAUUAACAGGCGCCUUGACGACGUCAACACCGAGCCGCUCAUGCACGUCGAAAGAUGCGAGCAGCACAGAGCUGACGGACCCCCCCCCCCCGGUGGUACCUUAACACCUACAUGGAGAUGGUGGACAACAACGCAUAGACCAAGUUAUUAUCAGCGGUAA